ACCUCCGAUCAGCACCCUAAGGUCUACAGUCACCCUCUGAGCCCUGCCCAGCACCCUGGGAUCAGAGCAGUCCCCUCGUCUAGUCAGCUGCCCUUUCCCCCCCCCCCCCCCAGCCUUAGGGCACCAGGAUCUUUGGCAAGGUCAGGGCCUCCCCAGGCUGAGAAAUGAGAGAGGGGGUGCCCCUGGACAGGCUGUGGUCACCCAGGGAGGGGGCGCCUCGGAGGAAUUCUAUUAGCCCCUCCCCCUGGGCUGGGCAAGGAAGCCCACCCUGGUUCCGAACCAACGAGAUGGCGAGGACUCCAGGUAUCCUAGAGCAGCAGGAAGUGUCCUCAGUGGGAGGGAGGGGGCGCCUACGUGACCCAACGUGCAGCCCCGCCCCUCUCCCUGGAAUCUUAUCAUGGAGACGCAAUAUCCAAGAGUGGCCCGGAAGUGAAGGAGGAGCCGCGGGCCCACGUGAUCCAGUAUGCCCCUCCCCCCGACCCUCGACCAAACCACUGACACCGAAUGGCCUCCCAGCAUCCUAGAGCGCCCCGGAAAUGGGAUCUUAGGGGGGACGGCUACGUUCGGGGGAGUAGCCUUGCUCCCCAUGUACCCAAGAGCAAACUGGGCACUUCCUGUCAGUGCCUCUUGCUGGGUGCACGUGGUUUGUGGGCGUGCAUCCCGAGUGGGGCCCCUCUGCUGUCUGCUGCACCUGGAUUUGCCCCGCCUCCUCCCGUGGGGUCGGGUAACCCCCAGACCAGAUGCUGACGCUCGAGGAGCCUGGGGCCCCCAGGCCGUACUUGCCCCCUCCCGUGAAGGUGGAGCCCGAGGGGCUGGCCCAGGAGUUGCCGCCUGGAGGAGCGGAGGCUUCUUUGACAGGAGGAAACUGAGGCCCGCAGUGGCGCGUGACUUGCCCAGAGCCACACAGCUAAAUUCAGACCCCCAAAAUGAGGUCCCUCCGCCUUCCCCAGACGGCCUGGAACACACUCAGAAAGGGAGGCCCCAGGCUGGGAGCAGAGCGAAGCUCCCCCGGGAUGUGGAGGCAGCGUUUGUCCUUUUCUACUGCACAGGCAUCAUUCCACCCCCACCCCCACCCCCAGUGGAGCUCACAGGUGCCUCCGCAGCAGAGAGGGGCCACUUCCAUCUUCAGCCUUUCAGGCGGAUGCCCGUCCUAGCUGUGGACGUGGCCAUCCCUGCAGGUGAUGAGGACAAACCACAGAAUGGAGAGAUGGCAUUGAAGCAUGAAAUUGUAGAUGACAAUGAUCAGCUUUCUCAAGCAGAGGAAAAACCAGACAUGCUAAACAAAUAUGGAAACUCUUUCAGCCUGAAUCAAGAGACAACUUUGGAUCAGAGAAUCUUCAAUCCUAACAGUCGUCCCUGCCUCCAUGCAGAGGAAAAACCAAGCCUGCUUAAUGAAUAUGAAGACUUUUUCAACAGACAGAAUUCAGCUUUUGUUGGAUUUAAUGUGUUCCAAACUAAUGAGGCACCCUAUGGCUGUCAGGGUGGAGAACAGUUAGUUUCCAUGUCCCACCUCCCUCAGCCCCAGAGCAUUCACAGUUGGCCAGGCCACUACGUAUGUUAUGAGUGUGGGAAAAGGUUUACUCGAAGCUAUCACCUCAUCCGACAUCAGGUUAUCCAUAGUGGAGAGAGACCCUUUCCAUGUAAUGAGUGUGGGAAGACCUUCAAGAGGAAAUCGACCCUCACUGAGCACCAGAGAAUCCAUACUGGAGAGAGACCUUAUAGGUGUAACAAAUGUGGGAGAGCCUUCCGUCAAAGCCAAGAUCUCUUAGAGCAUCAGCCAGUACACACUGCUGAGAAACCUUUCAAAUGUGAGGAGUGUGGAAAGGCGUUCAGUACCAGCUCAAGCCUCCUUCAGCAUCAGCUCAUCCACACAGGAGAAAAGCCCUACCAGUGUGGAGAAUGUGGGAAAGCCUUCAGAAAUAGCUCGAGCCUCCUUCGGCAUCAGUUCAUCCAUACAGGAGGAGAGCUCUACAAAUGUGACGAAUGUGGGAAAACUUUGAGUAAUCGCUCAAGUCUGUUCCAGCAUCUAAAAAUCCAUUCUGGAGAAAAACCCUAUCAUUGCAAUGAGUGUGGGAAAGGUUUCAUUCGUAACUCGUACCUUAUUGAACAUCAGAGGAUUCACACGGGGGAAAAACCCUAUGUGUGUAAGGAGUGUGGAAAGACCUUCCGACGUUCCUGGUACCUCACAGAACAUCAGAGAAGCCAUGCCCCAGAGAGAGCGUAUAGAUGCACUGAGUGCGGGAAAGCCUUCAAGGAUAGUUCAUGUCACUUCCAUCAUCAGAAACUUCAUAUAGGAGAAAAGCCCUUUGGCUGUAGUGAAUGUGGUAUGGCCUUUGGGCGCAAGUCACGGCUUCUGGACCAUCAGAGAAUCCACACCGGAGAAAAACCUUACAAAUGUGAAAAAUGUAUGAAGAGUUUUAGCCAUCGUUCACAACUUCUUGAACAUAUGAGAACUCAUACUGGAGAGAAGCCUUAUGAGUGCAAUAAAUGCGGGAAAUCGUUUACUAGAAAUUCUGGCUUUAUACGGCAUCAGAAGAUCCACACUGGGGAGAGGCCCUAUGAAUGUACCCAGUGUGGCAAGUGCUUUAGCAAUAGUUCAUUUCUUAUUGAGCACGAAAGAAUCCAUACCACAGAGAAACCUUACAAAUGUGAUGAAUGUGGGAAAGCUUUCUGUAAGAAAUCGUACCUCACUGGACAUCAAAUCACACACACCAAAGAGAAACCCUAUGAAUGUAAUGAAUGUGGGAAAUCCUACAAUCGACGUUUCCGUCUAAUCGAACACCAGAGAAUUCACACUGGAGAGAAACCUUAUGAAUGUGGUGAAUGUGGGCGAUCAUUUAGUCGAAGUGCACUUCUAAUCGGACAUCAAAUCAUUCACACCAAAGAAAAGCCCUACGUAUGUAAUCAAUGUGGGAAGGCUUUUAGUUUGAGAAAGCAUCUCGUUCAACAUCAGAGUAUCCAUAAUGACAAAAAACCCUAUGAAUGCAAUGAAUGUGGGAAAGCCUUUAGGCAUAAAUCUACAUUUCGUGACCAUCAGAAAGUUCACACUGGUGAUAAACCAUGUAAAUGUAAUGAAUGUGGAAAAUCCUUCAAUCGGACUUUUCAUCUUAUUGAACACCAACGGACUCAUACUAAGGAGAAACCUUACGAAUGUAGUGAGUGUGGGAAGUGUUUCAGUCGAAGCUCAGUCUUCACUCAGCACCAGAAAAUUCAUAGUGAAGACCACAAACCCUUCGAAUGUAAUGAGUGUGGGAAGUCUUUCACUCGAAAUUCAGUCUUUGUUAAACACCAGAAAAUUCACUCUAAAGAGAACAAACCUAAUGAAUGUGGGAAAUCAUUCAGCCAGAAUUCAGCCUUUAUUCAACAGCAGGAAAUGCAUACUAAUGAGAAUCUAAAUUGAUGAUGAUUUGGUAAUGGGAUAUCACAUUUUCAGUAUUGAACAUAACACUUGGAGAGGUAGUGAUGUCAGACCUCAAGCUUUAUUCAGCACAGAUGGGUUUAAUAGGGAGUAAACCAGGGAUACUGAUAGUGAAAAUUAAUUAAGUUUAUCACAGAUUGCUGUCUUUUGGAGAUUGGUCUGUCCUUUGAGGGCAGUUCUGUGGAAUCAAAAAUACAGAGAAUUCCCACUAGACUGAUUACAGCCUUAAUAGUUGUUGGGGGGUGGGGGUGAGGUUGAGUAUACUAACAGCAAGCUAGGUGACCAAGCCACCCCUUCUGGGAAGGAGUUCACCCCAUUUUCUGUAUGUCACGUGAGCUAACAUUCAGUAGUAUAAAUUAUGUUAAUCCAGCAUAAUAGAAACAAGGUUAUUACAUGUUAGCAGCUCAGCAAAACCUUAAAUACAGGGGAUACCUAUAUGUUAAAAAAAGGUAAAUUGCUGCCUUUGACUUUUUUCACCCCCUCGCAACGAUAGAUCAUCCUCUGCUUUCAUCCCUGUGGAAUCCUCUUUACAUUAAAGACAGUCAAACAAAUGAGGUUUAUAAAACUGCAGCGUCUGACCAUUGAAGCAAUAUUCUGUACCCAUCACCACUCACUGCUUCUGAAGAGAAGGAAAAUAUUUCCUGCUCUUAUCUCCAAGAUCAAAUUUGAUCAUUGUGAUUCCUCUGAAUUCUGCUGCGCCCCCCCCCCCCAGGACUAUUCUGUUAAGCUUUUCAUCAUUGUGCAUUGUAUCUACCUGCUACCUGAUUCUGUUUUCUGCCUCUGCAUCAGUCUAUGCAGUGCAAAGAAUGCUGGAUUUGGAGGGAGUGGGCAUGAGUUAGAAUUCGACUUAAAUAUUUUUGUGAAGGUGGAUGCAUCAGCUUUUUGGAUCUUGUUUUCUUCAUCUGCAAAAUGAGGGAACUCGAAUGGCUCUGUAUUUAUAACCCCAAAUCUGUUUCUCUGAAAUUUUCAUAUUCAUGAUUUCUUAGAGCAGAAUAUUAUUCCAUUAUAUUUGUGUGCCACGGUUUAGCCAUUCCCCAGGGGAUGGAGUGUUUUUUUUUCCCCUUCCUCCUACUUCGUAGGAGGAAAUGCUGUGUUUUUAUAUAUAUGGGCCAAUUCUGUUAUGGAUCCCUUUGCACAUAUCCCUAGUAGUGGGAUCAGUGAAAGAGAGGAAAUGUUUGGAUCACAUUUCUCUUGUAAUUCCAAACUGAUUGUCAAAACAUCAGAAGUUUUCCACCUCUCUGCAGCCUGCCUUCCAUGGUCUAUUUCCUCUACCAUCACCUUUGCCAAUUGAAUGAGUGUGAGUUGUUUAAAUGGCAUUUCUCUCUUUAACGGUGGCUUCCCUUUUUAAUUUAUUUUGGAUAUUCUGUCAUUGGCCACUUACCUCUUUUGGACUCUUGGUCUUAUACAUAUGUUGAUUACCUCCAUCUUGGCUAUCAGAUUCAUGAAAGAUGUUUGAUGCACCAAUUUUCCCCAUUCCACCAUAUCUUCUAGCUCCAUUGUUUGUUUUUUUGUUCACAUUUUAUUCUAUAUAUAAUAUAUAUAAAUUCUUAAUUAUAUUUAUAUAGAAUAUAUUCUGUAAUAUAUUCUAUAUACAUAUAAUUUCUAAUUCUAAUAAUAAAUAUAAAUUCUAAUUUUAUAUUAUCAAAGUCA